AUGCCAGUUCGAAAGCAAGAAGCCCACCGAGCAUUGGAAUUGCUUGAGGACUACCAUAGCAAACUCAUAAAGCCUCAAGAUCGUCAGCUUCGUCUCGCUAUCGAAAGAGUCAUCAGAAUAUUUAAAUCACGCCUUUUUCAGGCACUUCUUGAUAUUCAAGAAUUCUAUGAGCUCACUCUACUUGAUGACAACAAAUCGAUUCAGCAAAAGACGGUAGAAACUAUACGUAUCGCCAACAAAUGGGAAACGGAUGGAGUUCGUCGUGAAAUUCCAAAUGAUGAAAGUGAAUACAGAUUAGUAUCAAAUGCCUUUCUCCAGGACAAUAGAAAACCGGAACGGAAUGUCGACACUCCGGAUUCAGCGAAGCAGAUGGGGACAGUGCCGACUACAAUCAUAUCACCGAGUGCAGACACGGAUGAAAAGAAGGCUCAUGUUUCCUCGCCAGAAAUGAAGCAGUUACAGGUAAAUGGGAUUGAGGGGGGUGCUGUGACAGGUGAAGAUGGCCACCAGUACCUGACAGUGGUUUUAUCAAGGGCUGGCGGUGCUGGACUCGGAUUCAGCAUUGCUGGAGGUUCUGACAAUCCCCAUGUGGCAGAUAAUCCCCAUAUCUAUGUCACUAAGCUCAUUCCUGGCGGAGCAGCGGCAGCUAGUCAGCUGCAAAUCAAUGAUGCUAUAUUACAAGUUAACGACGCGAAUGUGGAAAACGUGACGCAUGCUGAGGCAGUAGACGCAUUGAAAAAAGCCGGCAAUACAGUCCGACUGAAAGUGAAACGACGAGCGGGAGAAUCAGAUCACCUGAGCGUGUCACAAAUAUCAAAUAAGGAAGAAGCUGUUGAAAUAGAACUUGUUAAGGGUGGUUCAGGGCUAGGAUUUAGCAUAGCGGGGGGUCUUGGAAACCAGCAUAUACCAGGGGAUAAUGGUAUAUAUGUGACCAAAAUAAUGUCUGGUGGAGCUGCCCAUAGAGAUGGACGCUUGAGGGUUGGAGACAAACUGUUAAUGGUCAAAAAUACUUCGAAAGGCGAUGUAAAUCUUGACAACGUGACCCAUGAAGAUGCCGUGGCGGCGCUUAAAGCGUCUGGUGAACGAGUUCUCUUAGUACUCAUUCCGGGACCAAGACAUGGACAGCCUUCACCUAGAACCUCGAGAGCUAAUACACCCUGCCCAACAUCGAGUACGACAAAUUCGCUGCGACGCGAGGACGUUACGGAUAGUACCGAGGAGCCCCGUGUGGUGGAUAUUGAGAAGGGAACCCAGGGCCUAGGGUUCAACAUAGUAGGGGGUGAAGAUGGCCACGGGAUAUAUGUCUCGUUUCUCCUUGCCGGGGGCCCCGCGGAAAGAUCGGGCGAAUUACGCAGAGGGGACCGUUUGCUUGCCGUUAAUGACACUGAUAUUACGCAUGCCACACACGAACAGGCCGCUAAGGCGUUGAAGAGUACCGGCCAAAAUGUAAAAUUAACAGUUGUAUAUAGGCCGCAGGAAUACAACAAGUUCGAGGCACGUAUCAAUGAGUUGAAGCAACAUAAUACGCUACUACGAACGUCGCAGAAACGAUCUUUAUAUGUCAGAGCGCUAUUCGACUAUGACCCGAUCCGUGACGAUGGCUUACCUUCGCGAGGUCUUCCAUUCCGUUACGGCGAUAUAUUACACGUCACCAACGCUUCGGAUGACGAGUGGUGGCAGGCCAGGCGACUAGACAGUACUGAUCCAGAUGCGAUCGGCAUUAUACCAUCGAAGCGUCGUUGGGAGCGGAAACAGCGUGCACGCGACAGGCAGGUCAAAUUUCAAGGACAAGGGACCCCUGUUAGUACUAGCCAAUCAACGCUGGAAAGGAAAAAGAAGACCUUAUCGUUCAGUAGAAAGUUUCCGUUUAUGAAGAGUCGGGAAGACGGCAAGUCUGAAGAUGGCUCGGACCAAGAGCCUUUCAUGCUUUGCUACACGCAGGAGGACACGAACGCGGACGGAGAAAUCUUGUACCGAGUGGAACUUCCCAUGAUGGAGGAGAUAACGCUCAUUUAUCUCGAGGACGAGAGCCAAGAGGAGAAUGUAUUAUCAUACGAAACGGUGCAACAGAUGACCAUAAACUACACAAGACCUGUCAUCAUCCUUGGCCCGCUUAAGGAUAGGAUCAAUGACGAUCUAAUAUCAGAAUUCCCUGAUAAAUUCGGUAGCUGUGUUCCCCAUACAACGAGGGCGCGACGUGACUACGAAGUGGACGGUCGUGAUUAUCAUUUUGUGGCGAGCCGUGAGCAGAUGGAGCGCGAUAUACAAAAUCACUUGUUUAUUGAAGCUGGCCAAUACAAUGAGAAUUUGUAUGGAACAUCUGUUGCAUCCGUUAGAGAAGUCGCUGAAAAGGGCAAGCACUGCAUUUUAGACGUAAGCGGAAAUGCCAUAAAAAGGUUACAAGUUGCGCAACUGUUUCCCAUCGCCAUAUUCAUCAAACCAAAGAGCGUAGAAUCUAUUAUGGAAAUGACAAAACGAAUGACCGAAGAGCAAGCGAAAAAGACUUACGAACGCGCACUAAAGAUGGAACAAGAAUUUGCUGAAUAUUUCACUGCCGUAGUGACAGGCGACACGCCCGAAGAGAUAUAUGCUAAGGUGAAAGCUGUUAUAGCAGCGGAGAGUGGGCCCUCUGUUUGGGUGCCACGCCGCGAUCCGCUUUAG